AAAAUAAAAAUAAAAAGGCAAGUGUUUGUUUGAGAGAGAGGGAGAGGAAGUUCCUUAUCCAAAGUGAAAAACCAGAGCUCCAACAAAGCAUCUGAAAAUGGCGACAAUACCAUCAUCCUCUCUUCAGCUCUCAAACCCAUUUCCACUCACACCCUCCUCAUCUAAACCCCACUUCCCCAAACCCAUCAUUUCCUUCACAACAAAAGCCACCGACUCCGACACUCCCUCCUCCUCUUCCUCCGAGCCCUCCUCUGACCCACCUCAACCCGAACCCGAGUCCGACGACGCAUUCGAGGAGCGACUGAGCCAGAUCAGAGUUCGCUACCGGAGCGGUACGGGGAAGAAAGCGGAGCUCCGAAAGGCCCGGAAGGGAAGAAAGAGUUCUGGGUCGCCGGAGUCCGGCGGGAUGUAUCUGCCGCCGGUACCUCUGAAAGAGCCGGUGUCGGGAAAGCUGAAAGUGGAUUUCGGGUUCAGCCCGUAUAGCGAGCGGGUUAACGGGUGGGUUGCGAUUGUUGGGUUGUCGGCUUUGGUUCUGGUGGAAUUGGCUACUGGGAAGAGUGUGAUAAAAUACCACUCGCCGGCGAUUGUGCUGAUUCAGAUUUACUUUGUAGCUGCUGUUGCUGCUCUGUAUAUCAAAUAUGAGAAAGAGAGGGUCAGUGUUUGGCCUAAGUAGUUUUCUUUUUUCCAUUUUUUUCAAUAUCUUUGUAUUAAAUUAUUGAUGAACUUCUUGUGGGGUUUGGGCGCUAAUAGAAUGACAUUUUGCGAUCAAAUAAUUUGAUGGUGAAAAUGGGAGGUGGAUUGGAUGUCGGGGCCAUUUACAUUAUGACUGUAAUUUUUUAUUGGUUGUUGACAGUGAAUCCAAUUUACUAAGAGAACAAAAAGAAAAUGCAAAUUAUGUUGUUGAUUUUCAA